AAAGGGCCCCGGGUCUCCGAAGCUCGCCUCAGCUUCCUCCGACUCCGCCUUCGCCGCCUUCCUCCCAACUAGAGCUCCAGUUCCCGCUCAGGUUCCAAUCGACCCACUCGGGCUCGGCUACUCGGGCUGCAGCAGAAGAUGGCGGCUCCGGUGGCUCGGGGCGAGUGCUCCGAGGCGGCGCUGGCUGCAGCCCUGGCGGAUGUGCCGGAACUAGCCCGACUUCUGGAGCUCGACCCAUACCUGAAGCCCUUCGCCCUGGACUUCCAGCGCAGGUAUAAGAAGUUUAAUGAGACUUUGAACAACAUCGGAGAGAACGAAGGUGGUAUUGAUAAGUUUUCCAGAGGUUAUGAAUCGUUUGGUGUCCACAGAUGUGCUGAUGGUGGUUUGUACUGCAAAGAAUGGGCCCCAGGAGCAGAAGGAGUUUUUCUCACUGGAGACUUCAAUGAUUGGAAUCCAUUUUCAUAUCCAUACAAGAAACUGGAUUAUGGAAAGUGGGAGCUUUAUAUCCCACCAAAGCAGAAUAAAUCUCAACUUGUACCUCAUGGAUCCAAAUUAAAGGUAGUUAUUAGGAGUAAAAGUGGAGAGAUCUUGUAUCGUAUUUCACCAUGGGCGAAGUAUGUGACUCGUGAAGGUGAAAAUGUGAAUUAUGAUUGGAUACACUGGGAUCCAGAACACCCAUAUAAAUUUAAGCAUUCCAGACCAAAGAAGCCAAGAGGUGUAAGAAUUUAUGAAUCUCAUGUGGGAAUUUCUUCCUAUGAAGGAAAAAUAGCUUCUUAUAAACAUUUUACAUACAAUGUACUACCAAGAAUCAAAGACCUUGGAUACAACUGCAUUCAGAUGAUGGCAAUCAUGGAGCAUGCUUACUAUGCCAGUUUUGGUUACCAGAUCACAAGCUUCUUUGCAGCUUCAAGCCGUUAUGGAACGCCUGAAGAGCUGAAAGAACUGGUUGACACAGCUCACUCAAUGGGUAUUACAGUCCUCUUAGAUGUGGUGCAUAGCCAUGCUUCAAAAAAUUCAGAAGAUGGAUUGAAUAUGUUUGAUGGAACAGAUUCCUGUUAUUUUCAUUCUGGACCUAGAGGGAAUCAUGAUCUUUGGGACAGUCGAUUGUUUAUCUACUCCAGCUGGGAAGUUUUAAGAUUCCUUCUGUCAAACAUAAGAUGGUGGUUGGAAGAAUAUGGCUUUGAUGGAUUUCGUUUUGAUGGUGUUACAUCCAUGCUGUAUCAUCACCAUGGAAUGGGUCAAGCUUUUUCAGGUGAUUACCAUGAAUAUUUUGGACUUCAAGUUGAUGAAGAUGCCUUGAUUUAUCUCAUGUUGGCAAAUCAUUUGGUUCACACAUUGUAUCCCGAUUCUAUAACAGUAGCUGAGGAUGUGUCAGGAAUGCCAGCUCUCUGUUCUCCGAUUUCCCAGGGAGGAGUCGGCUUUGACUAUCGAUUAGCUAUGGCAAUUCCAGAUAAAUGGAUCCAGCUACUUAAAGAGUUUAAAGAUGAAGAUUGGAAUAUGGGCAAUAUUGUAUACACACUCACAAACAGACGCUACCUUGAAAAAUGCAUUGCUUAUGCAGAGAGCCAUGAUCAGGCACUAGUUGGGGAUAAGACACUGGCAUUUUGGUUGAUGGAUGCUGAAAUGUAUACCAACAUGAGUGUUCUGACCCCGUUUACUCCAGUUAUUGAUCGUGGAAUACAGCUUCAUAAAAUGAUUCGACUCAUUACUCAUGCUCUCGGUGGAGAAGGCUAUCUCAAUUUCAUGGGUAAUGAAUUUGGCCAUCCUGAAUGGUUAGACUUCCCAAGAAAAGGAAAUAAUGAGAGCUACCAUUAUGCCAGAAGGCAGUUUCAUUUAACUGAUGAUGACCUCCUUCGCUAUAAGUUCCUAAAUAACUUUGACAGGGAUAUGAAUAAAUUGGAAGAAAGAUGUGGUUGGCUUUCAGCUCCACAGGCCUAUGUGAGUGAAAAGCACGAAGGCAAUAAGAUCAUCGCUUUUGAGAGAGCAGGUCUUGUUUUUAUUUUCAACUUUCAUCCAAGCAAGAGCUACACUGAUUACCGAGUUGGAACAACAUUGCCAGGAAAAUUCAGAAUUGUGCUAGAUACAGAUGCAGCAGAGUAUGGAGGGCACCAGAGACUGGACCAUAGUACCGAGUUUUUCUCUCAACCUUUUAAACAUAAUGAACGUCCCUGUUCUCUUUUGUUGCAUCCUGACUUAGGGACAGAUCAGUGCCCUACUUUUUGCUGAAGAGAACUGGUGAGGUCAAAAAUUGAACCUGCACUGUGACUUUGCAACCUGUAGCCUCGAAUGUUCAGUCGGACAUUUGGACUCAUCAGUCCUGAGGACAUAAGAGAUGAAAGAUUAUUCCAGGCUAAUUUCCUGGUAAUGUUUUGGCUGGAGAAUUUAAACCCUGAGAAUUUGCCUCCUUAAUUUUAUUAUUUUAUUUAAAAAAACUUUUUAAAAAUGUUCAUUUAUUUUUGAGAGAGAGACAGAGCACAGUGGGGAAGGGUCAGAGAAAGAGGGAGGCACAGAAUCCGAAGCAGGCUCCAGGCUCCAAGCUUUCAGCCUAGAGCCCGACACAGACCUCAAACUCACCAACCACGAGAUCAUGACCUGAGCUGAAGUCUGACACUUAACUGAAUGAGCCACCCAGGCACCCCUCCCCCUUAAUUUUAGUGCACUCAGAAGUAAGCAUCUUUCCUAUAGUCCUUGUGCUCAUCUAUAUCUUGCCAUUAUUUUCCAAGAGUCACUUGGAGUCCCCAUAUUUGCUUUCAUUAGGCUCUACAUUCCGGCUAACUUCCAGUGAUAAUGUUUUUCACUGUAUCGUAUGGACUACCAUCUCAUUUUUCACUAAUGAUGGAGUCACUAUUACCUUCAUUUCUUUCUAUGCAGGGUAACCGAUGCAAAGAUUCAUCUUUAGGUGGCUCUUUACCUAGGAUAUUCUUCUGGUGCCAAAUAUUGUAUCAGUCGGGGGCAGUCAGGAAAACACACAUCACUACAGGUAUUACAAAUACAAAGUGAUUUAUUUUAAGAACAUGAAAGGGCUGGUAAAGCAAAGGUAAGGAGGAUUACUUCAGGCCUUCAGAAAUUCCAGAAAUAUAAGACUUACAGAAAAGCCACUACUAAUAAACUUGGCUCUCUGCAACACCAAAGCCAGUGAUUCUCAGGAGGAUGCCCAGAUACUGCUAGAAGCUGCGGUUGAUUAUUGCAGCUGCCUACAGCACUAACGUAGGUAAUUCUCAGGAGAAUGCCUAGAAGCCCCUGGCAAUACCCCCCUCCUGCCAUCUGCUAAUGACCUUCUCUGAGGAGGGUGAGGAAGUUCCUCAGCAAAGAUACCAAAAUACAGCACAGGACACAAGCAACCACUGUUGGAACUGAAUUGGUCGUGUACCCAGUCCUUGCUUGCACAGUAAUGAGAAAUCCUAAAGAUGACUGAACAAGCUGAAACCAUGCAAAAGCACCUUGUGAUCAAGAAGAAAGUUUUCAUUGUUUUACAACCUUGCAAAAUUUUUGUCAAAGCACUAAAGUGUCUCUUACUCUAGGUGAUAAAUGUAAAGGAAAAUGAAGAAAAAAAAAGUAGCAAAACUAAUAUUAUUUGAUGCACAGUGAUUGAAAACACUUGAAACACUGACAAUGAAUGUGUUCGAUUUCUCUGUAUAAAACACGUCAAGAGUAGUUUGAACAGUGCUUGCCUUUUUGUCCUAUAACUUCCAAUAUGGAGAGAACAUCGUUUCUAUGUCUUGGCGAAUUGUACUCCUUUAUCAGUUAAAAUCAGCUGCCAAUAUUUUAUGCUUUGAACUUUCAGUGCCAUGAAAUAUCUCUGAGGAUUCCUUGAAUGUAGUUUUUUUGGCCAGCAUCACUUCCUCUGGGACACCUUUAUCCUUUUUCCCAAAACCACUUGCCUCAUUUAUGUCAAUAAGCCACCUUCAGUAGACAAGUGAGUAUCUAGCUACACAUCAAGAGUCUCUUGAAUGUUGGUAGUGGCAACAUUCCCACAGUCAGAGAUUUGUUUCCCAGAACUUCACUUACAUUUGAUUCUAAUUUUCCUUCCAGCAUUUAUAACUUACCAUUUCUUUCCUAUACUUUCAUUUUUCUUGUCCAAUUCCCAUUUCCAAUGAUCCAUUUUUGUGAAAAUAGCCUGUGGGUUUAUCAUGGAAGACAAGGAGUCAACACAACUAUAUGAAAUUUGCAUGAAUGGAAAACCAGACAUACAGUGAUGAAUAACCAACAUACUUUGAAAGAAGUGAUGCUAUUGGCCACUAAUCAUGAUGUAGAGAUGUUACUUACAUAAGGAUUUAUAGACCAAAAAGCUAUCAGAAAGUUCAUACUUUAUGCAAUUACAUGGCCAACAGACCAUGGCAACUGAAAUUUGAAACUUGUUUAGAACUGGUAACAUUUAGGGGCACCUGGGUGGCUCCGUUGGUUAAGUGUCUGACUUUGGCUCGUGUCAUGAUCUCACGGUUUGUGAGUUUAAGCCCAACAUCAGGCUCGGCACUCAAAACAGAGUCUACUUUGGAACCUCUGUCUCCCUUUCUCUCUUCUCCUCUGUCACUUGUGCUCCCUCUCUCUCAAAAAUAAACCUAAAAAGAAAAAGGAACUAGUAUCAUGUAACUAAAGGAUGAUGACCAAAAUUCUUAUAUACUGGAACCUUGCAAGGGAAGGAUUACCUGGCUUGGUGACCAGUUGGGGUCCUAUAAUUGUGUCAGGAGUAACAGUUGAAAGGAAAAUAAAACAUCAAUGAUGACUUUAAAAAUUCAAAGAGGAAAAAUGUUAACACAAAUAAGUGACAUGGAAACUAGUGGAAGAGAUGUUAAGGACAAAUGAGGAUACUGAUUUUGAACCUGUUAAAUUUUAGAUCCUGAGGCUAAUCCAUGUGGAAGGGUCCAGCAGGCUAUUACAAUUUCAAUCUAUAUUUCAAGAGAUUUAGGAACCAGAGAUAUAAAUUUGAAUACCAUCCACAAUAUGGUUGUAAAUGAAAUUAGGAGAUAGUUGUUGAACACAUACCAAGCCCUCACACAUAUUUGGUAUGUAGAAAAUGAGAAACCAACAGAAUGGUAGAUGUUAGCAUCCCAAGAGACAGAAUCAAGUCAGAAAGGAAAAAAAAAAUAUGUGACAAAGGGAAAUGAGUUUUUAGAACAAAAGUAACAGCAACAAUGACAAGAGGAAGGCAAUGGUAAGGAAUGGUGCUGAGAAGCAAGGCAAGUCCACAGUAAAAAACCAUUAUUAGAUCUCCCAUUUAGAAUGUCCAUGGUGAUUCUUUAUGAGAAAACGAUCAAUGAAAUGAUGGGAGGUAGGAUGAAAAGAGACAGGAAAACAUUGAGAAGUGGGCAGUAGACAUUGAUGACUAGCAAAUGUGGGUUAUACUUUUGAGAUGUUGGUUACAGGAAGAAAGGAGAGCUUGGUAGUACACCUGGAGAAGAAAAGCAUAGUCUCUUUCCUUAAGAGAGGAAAGUAUACAUUUUGCUGCAGAGAAGGGGCCAGUAGCGAGAUAAAAAUUGAAGAUGUAGAUUCAGAAGAAGUGGAGAAAGCCAGAGUUGAGAACAGAUGGAACGUGACUUGGACAUGAGUAAGGGUAAUUUUUCUUGAGAGACAGAAAAGAAGGAGACAGCAAGUAAGAUUUUUAGGUGAAAAAGAUGGAAACAUGUGGAGCCUUCAUUAGCACCUCUCUUCACCUUGAAGAGAAAGAAUGCAAUGUCAAGUUGAGAACUUGUGAAGAGUUGAGAAUCGUUUAUAAUAUUUGUUAUAGGAGUUGGUAAAACAGAUCUAAAGGAAUUGUUCAGUACUUGGGUGACCUCAUCUGGUAGGUCAGAUCACAUGACUUGGACCCACGGAUAAGUUGAAUUUCUAUGAAAUUUUUUUCUAUUUCAGUUCUUAGCUACCUGAAAGUUGGAUUGGAAAAAAGGAACAAUAGUGUUUCUCAAAGGAUCAUGAUUUAGCAGAAAGUUAAGCAAGAAAGUGAUAUUUUAGUGUUAGGAUAAAAUUUUUAAAAGGAUGUCUGAAUGAGAAGUGUAAAACCAGUAUGAAAGAAUUGAGAAUAUAUGUUGACUAUAGGACAAGGUGACAGUGAACGUCAAGUUUAUUAAGAAGUGGCAAGCAAUUCCUUGUUUAAAAAAAAAGAAUUUGUCUUUACAGGUGUUCAGUGAAUGUUCACCAAUGUCAAAUACUUUAUCUUCAAGUUCAAGUACGUAAUUAUAUUCAUACAACUCUAGGGUGCCUGUUCAAGCCCUUCAUGUGUUUAUCUCUUUUUCAGAGAAUUAUGUCAGACUCUUGGAUCUUCUACUUUUGUCUUGGGAAGGUUUUUUCUAUGGGACUCAUUGGUGACAUUAUUCAAUGUAAUUUCAUUUUUGUUUCUUUUCUAUCAAAUAGAUUUUCCCACAGCUUUAAAAGAAAAAAAAGCUUAUUAUUGUGUGAAAAGGGAGAUUUUUGCCUUUUUUUUUUUUAAGAGAACCUAAUAGCUUCAUGUCUUUUGGUUCAUGAGCAGGGAGAAACAAGUUACAAGUAUCUUUCCUCCCACGUAAUAUUUUUUUUUUUUCAUUUGGGUAUGUUGUUUGGUAAACCAUGAACUGAGGAUGAGCCAUAUCUGUUUGUGAGCUUGGUAUAGAUGUGCACACAUCAGUUCUAUCAACAUAUCUGCCAUUCUUGCUUUGGAGUCACCUGGAAAAAGGAAACACUUGAUUAAAAGAGGAAACCUAACUGGGAUGAAGCUUUGAGCUACUGAGAAUAAAGAGAAAUUCAUUCUAUUACGUAUAGACUCACAUCUUAAAUGGUCACUGAUCAAAGAACUUAAAUUAUAUUCGAAGUACAUAUAUUAAAAAUCAGAAACUGGAACCUUGAUAUACUCAACAAAGAUAUAAGUAAAGUCACAAUCAACCUGAGGACUCUGUAUAAUUGCCAAAGUUAUAACAGUAAUUUUUUGGAUUUAACUACUCUAUUCCCAGAAUAUGGUGUCUGGUCUAUGAAUGAAGAAAUCUGACCAUAGCACACUGAGAGGAUAGUGGGAGAAGAAAAGAUACACAUGCUGAGGCCGCCAGCCAAGAGACUGAGCAUAAACAAGAAAUGGCUAAGAAAUACAUCUAUAUAUGAAUAUGUGCAUACAAUAUCGUUAUUUAAGUGUAGGCUCUAAACUUUUCUCGAGAUCACCCCUGGGAAGCACAGCAGUUCACAACUAUCAAAAGUUUGGUUAAAAAAUGCUUUUGAUGUGGCACUUGCUAGUUAUGUGCUGAGUCAAGUGACAAGGAAAGAAUACUCAUUAUACAAUGCUUUAGAAACCCCAAAAGGUAUUUUUACACCUUUGCGGAUAAGCUGGUUAAGGGGUCUCAGGAAGACAAUAAUUUAGCAGAAAUGAAGGGAUUGAAGGUAUUUAAAUUUCUGUGUACACCUCUAGAUUGAUUUCCAUAUGCCCCUACUUCCAGACUUCUCUUUGCUCCUGCUAACCUGCUGAUGCUUCAGCUGUCCCAUCUGACUCCAUCUUCCUUUCCUGCCAAAGUCUUCUUGCACAAAACCCACUUUGAAUUUCCUUAAAGAAGAUAACGUAAGAAGAGCAUCUACCAUAUAGGAUGUAGUGGUUUUUAAUACAACAACUGAAAUGAAUUUGAUUUCUUGACCCACCGAUUUCCCUAAACUAAUAGCAUGUAACAUUUCCUAGUGACUUCUCUUUUUUAAGUGUUGUAGUUCAUUACUAUGAGCAUUUCAUGUAUUUGUGUCUUGGUUCCUUAGCCAUAUUACAGAUCUUCCUCAACCUAUGAUUUGGUUAUGUCCUGAUAAACCUAUUAUAAGUUGAAAAUAUCUUAAGUCAGGGCACCUGGGUGACUCAGUUGGUUAAGCAUAUGACUUCAGCUCAGAUCAUGAUCUCACAGUUCAUGGGUUUGAGACUUGCAUUGGGGCUCUGUGCUGACAGCUCACAGCCUGGAGCCUGCUUUGGAUUCUGUGUCUCCCUCUCUUUCUGCCCCUCCUUUGCUCAUACUCUGUCUCUCUGACUCUCUCUCUCUCUCUCUCUCUCUCUCUCUCUCUCUCAAAACUAAACAUUUAAAAAAAAAUUUUUAAAGAAAAUGUCAUAAGUCAAAAAUGCAUUUUAAUACAUCUAACCUACCCAACAUCAUAGCUUAGCCUAGCCCACCUUAAAUGUGCUGAGAACACUUAUAUCAACUUACAGUUGGACAAAAUCAUCUAAAACAAGGCUGUUUUAUAAUAAAAUGUUGAAUACCUCAUGUAAUGUGUUGAAUACCAAACUGAAAGUAAAAAACAAAAUAGCUGUACACGUACAGAAUGGUUGUAGUAUUUGUUUACCCUUGUGAUCCUGUGGCUGACUGGGAGCUGUGGCUCAAGGCCAUUGCCGAGAGUCAUGAGAGAGGAUUGGACCGCAUAUUGCUAGAGUGGAAGAUCAAAAUUUUAAAUUCAAAAUAAGAUUUCUAUUAAAUGUGUAUUACUUUCACACCAUCAUAAAGUUGAAAAAUUUUGAGUUGAACCAUUAUAAGUCAGGGACCUCUGUAUUACAAACCCUUGAAGCUCAAUUCCUAAUAUGCUAUGGUUUCCUCCCUCCUGCCUUUCCUUCCUUCCUUCCUUCCUUCCUUCCUUCCUUCCUUCCUUCCUUCCUUCCUCUCUCAACUCUUAAUGCAAUGUAUUGCAGAGUGACAAGAGAAUAUGCUCAAUUAAUUUUUGCAUGGAAAAAUAGUUUUUCCAAUAGAAGAGAGAAUUUUCACCUAAAUAUAUUAUUUAUCUCCUCAAUGUUUUGCCUACAAAAAGCUCAUGCAAUGCAGGUCACUGACUCUGAUAUACUGAGAUGAUAAUCUAAUUUUCAUUAUGCAGUGGCUCAAACUAGGAGGGCUGAUUGGAUUUAGCUCUUUCAUUUUGCAGGUGAGGAAACAAGCAUGUUUACUCAGAAGACUUUAACUUCCUGAAGACAAUGGAGGAAAACAGUAGCAACAACCAGGACAAAAGCCCCGUAACAUUUAUGCAGGGUUAUUGUCUAUGCUGAAAUAUGUUGUUUUCUGACCUGAAUGGAAAAAAUUGAAUUUGUCUGGAUUUUCUACAAUAUAAAUUUGAGGCAUAGGAAUAAUUUCAUUACUUUUGAACCUAAGUCACUUUCACACUUAAUUCUUCAUAAAAAUGUUUUCCGGCAUAUGAAAAGAAUUAGAAUUUCUUAUGUUUGGACUGUCUUACAGUAAAGAGGUGGAAAAUAGAAUUAACUGCAACGAAA